UGCACACCCAACUGGCAAAAUGGCCACCACGACAAACGUCUGCCUUUGGCUCCUCGUGAUGGCUCCCUUGUGUGCCUUAAUGUCCAUUCAGAAACCAGUAAUGGAAGACAACGGGGGCAGCGGGGAGAGUGAGGGGGCCUCCUCCAUCCCACCCCCUGCAAGCGUGACUUUGGGCCCAAAUCCCACUGCGGACGACCUCCUCGUGAGCUCUGUCAAUGGCACGUCCACCUCCUUCAACAUCCUGGAUGGAAUCAUGGACUUCUUCCAGAAGUACAUGCUGCUCAUCAUCGUUGUCGGCUCCUUGGUCUUCAUCUUCCUCUUUAUUGUGUGCGCCGCCGUCAUUGUCCGCCAGAAACACAAGGCCUCGGCCUACUACCCAUCCUCUUUCCCCAAAAAGAAGUACGUGGACCAGAAUGACAAGUCGGGUGGUGGCAAAUCCUUCAGCGAAGUCCCCGAGAAGCCCGCCGACACCAAACAAGAAGAACCUGUUGACUCCACCAAGCAGUUGCAGGCGGACAUCUUAGCAGCUGCUCAGAACCUCAAGUCUCCCAACAAGGCUGUGACGGUGAAUGGAGAGAAUGCCAAAGGAGAGGACAGGCCAACCACAGAGAAAGAGGAAGCAGUGAAGGCAAAUGAGAGUAAGGAAAAGGAAGAGGAGGAUGGGCUUCCUAAAGUACAGGAUGGUCCACCAGAGGAGUCCGAGAAGCCUCCAGAGAUAUCUCCACAGAACUCAGGGCAUGUUGAGAUCAAAGGAGAAGAGGCAUCAUCUUCUAUGGAAGGUCAACAAGUGGAGGAGACCAGUCCUCCUUCUCCAGAAGAGCCUGAGGGGUCACCAGGGACUGAGGAGUCCUCUGCAGAGGUCUCGGAAACUGAGAAGGAUGAGGGUUGUCUUCCACUGUCUCCUGAAACUGGUGUGUCUGAUGAAUGAAAGUUGACCUUGCUUGACUGACCCUCCUCUUGGCCCUUGGGUGGAAAGCUGACAACGUUUGAGCUGUGCUGGACAUUUUUUCUUUUUUAAGCAGCGGAGGACACACUGGCCAGCGGAGAAGCCAAACUGCACACCUCCCCCAUAAGGAAGCCCCCUUAGAAGUAGCGUGUCAUGGUCUUACUUUUCAGGUCCUACAUUGAAAUUACUUCGCUCUUCUGCCAAACAUCUCUUGGGAGAGGAGGAUGACGUUGAAGGAGAGCGAGCAUUGAGCAUCCCAUGAGGGGACUGAACACCUCUGAGGAGAAUCCAAACCUGACUUGGCUUGACACAUGGGCCAAAACAAUGUCCUCUCCUAUUGACCUCUCUGGGCAAGCUUCUUUGGCAGUGCCAUCCCCACCAGCCACAACCACUUUUCCCAUGAACCCAUGGCUGCAUAUGUAUUUUAGAGGUGAGUUGGCUGUUUGGACACAAACACCCCAUUGUCUCUCCAGCCCCAUUCACCUCAGGGGCCCCAGUGGUGUCCCCAAAGCAUGGGUCUGGCUGGCCCAAGCCUUGCAUCCGUCCCCUUGCCACCUGGGAAUCAUGGCUCGGAUGGCCCCCUUUUGGGGCUGCCAUGAGUCAACCUGAGACUUGAAGGCACAUACACACAUAUUACUCAGGGCAUGGUCUUCCCACUCAGGAGAGGCCUUGUUAUAAAUAAUAAGCCAGUGAGAAUUUUGUGCCAUAUUCUCCCAGAACUCAAAAGUCCUGAAGUGUUGUGGAGGAAUUCUUCUGCAUCGAAAAGUGCAUGGGCUGAGAUUGUAGACCAGCUACUUAGUUAUGUAUACUUCACUAAGGCUGCAUCCACACUGCAGAAAUAAUUUGGUAUGACCCCACUUUAACUGCCAUGGCUCAGUGCUUAUGGAAUUCUGGGAAUGGUAGUUUGUUGGGACACCAGAGCUUUACACUAUGGGAUCAUAAAUACAAAUUGGUUAUGACAAAUUGGCCGAACUCCAGGUUACGUCUUCAUAACUACGACUGAAUUUCAGCCAGUGGUUUUCUGUGUAUAAGACAUCUAUUUUCCACACACAAAAAGGCGCAAGAUACCUGGCUGCUGGCUGCAAACAGGAGACCUUUUUUCUCUGCAGAAAACAGGUUUCAUGUUUUCGGCCGGCAUACGGUUUGAUUCUCUUUGCGUUCUUUCUCCCUUCAAGUGGUGGCACACUGAACGGAGGCAGAGUGCGCCAUUUGGUCUGUGUGCACUCCCUGAGUACUCUUUGACUGAAGAAUUUCAUCCUCAUUCUGCAACUUUGGACUGUUUGCCCUCAGCCUGUGGACACCAUCAGGAGCUGCGUUUCAUAUCUCUGAACAUCCAGAACUUUGAUGGGCUUCCAAGACUCUUUUUGUGCAUGUACAUGCACACGCAUAGACACACAUCUCUUUCUGAAUGCUGCCAAAACACAAGUCCUGAAAUCUUUACUGAGGACCAUACCAACAGUACUAUGGAAACAGAGCUUGGGAAAGUUUCUGGUUUGGACCACAGCUCCCAGAAUUGGAUCUUACCAGGCUGGCUUGGGGAGUGUGGGAACUGUAGUCCCCCAAAGGUGCUUUGCUCAGCGCUGUGAAGGGCUGCCCCUUGAUCUUGCCUUGAUAUUUCUAUUUGAAACCCAACUUUCCUGACAAACCUAACCAAAGAAACCCAAUAUGUGCCAACCCACAUGUUGCCCAAAUGUUCUCACACCCGAACUUUGUAACGGAUCCCACUGCUAGCACCAGGCGCUAGUCUCCAGAUCCCCAAAGGAAAGGAUGAAUUUAUUUUUCUGGACUAGCAAUUGAUAGACUCCAGCUUUGAAUCCACUGAUGCCUUAAUAGAUUGGAAGGCCUGAGAAUACCGGGAUCCAUUUCUGCGGGAAUGCACAGGAUCUGGAGCUGUGGCACAUUUCAAAAUCCGGACCUAUCCAGCCGUUUAUGUUAUUCCAAGAAAGUGUGCGUGUGAGUAAACCCUCAAGGACGAUGAUCUAUGAAAGCAGCCUGCUAGGCCCGACCUUUUACAUAGCUCAAAGCCCAAAGCCAAGGGAGUGUCUUCAUCUGUCAAGAUCCUUUGGAUUUCCAGUCAAUUUGGGGGGGGGGGACGGGGACACACUGCUCUUUGGAACACUUGAAUCAUCUCCCAAAUAUGCUGACAAUGUUCCCAGGACACGUUCUUGUCUUCAUUUAGGGAAUUGGGAGGGAGAAGGGGAUGCCCACUGUAAAACCUCAUUUUUAUACUUGGAUGAAGGACUCUGGCAGUGCCUUAUUCUAGUCUAGCCCCUGUGCUGCUCUGGGAGAAUCCAGAAGGCCAUGAAUACGUUGGGAAGCCUGGGCAGCUCAACCAGGUCCUCUUCCUUUCUAUGGGACAAUAAAUAAUAAUAAUAAUAAUAAUAAUAAUAAUAAUAAUAAUAAUCCUUGAAGAAGCUGGAAGGGAGAGCUGGGAGGUGGCGGUGGUGGGGAAAAGGAGGCCUCCACCAUUUUGCCUGGUGUCUUCACCAAGGUCCUGUGAAUAUUUAUGACGGUGGCUCUUUGCCAUCAGCGCUGUUCUUCUGUGGCACUGGCAGGAACAGAACCACUGGCAGUAGCCCCGAAGGACCCAAACGUUUCUUGACUCUACCUCCAACCUGGCACCCUCCAAAGGCAUUGGACUACAACUCCUUGGGUCAGCCAUGUUGUCUAGCCGGGGUGGUGGUGAUGGUGGUGGUAAUCCAAACCACCUUGAGGGCACCGGGUUAAGGGAGGUUGUGCUUUAUUGCAAUCCAUCCUUGGAGAAUUAUUUUGAGGUGGGCUCAGGUGAUGUAUCCUCUGGGUGAGAGGAACCCACUGUUCUCUCAGCCCACAAACACUCUCAUGGGAAGAGGUACUCCCAAAGUUGUAUUGAAUUGUAUUGUUCAAUGCCCCAUGGGUUUCUGGUGGCCACCUAGGGGUGAGAAUCAUGCAGCCCUCCAGAUGUUGGUGGAUUGCAACUCCUGCCAUUCCUCACCACUGGCAAUGCUAGUCAGGGCUACUGGGUGUUGCAGUUCAGCAGCAUUUAGGAAAGCAAAAGGCCACAGCAAUGUGUCGGUUUGAAAGAUAUGUGCCCAACUGAAAUCAAAACCACUCCCUUGGAUGCGCCUAUGGAAAAAUGGUGGCAAGUUCCAUCAAAACCAGUUCAGUUUCCAGGCAACCAGCGCAGAGGUCUGUGCGGCCGAGAUCCUGUUGUCCAAAGUUGUGGCGCAGGGAGGGGAAAUGCCACCGGGAGCCUUGCAGUCUUCCGAGACUGAAAUCUCAGCCAUUAAUUCAAAAUUUGCCCAAAUGUUCCAAAUGUAACUGCAGCCUGGAAUCCUGUCUUUGGCUUUUGACCACUCCUGUUACCCUUCAGUUACUAAUAAAUAUGUAUAUUUUUAUUUCCUACAAAGGUGGCUGUUGUCUUCCCUGAUUUUUAGUGCA